AUGCCUCCUGCCUGUCGUUCUGCAUGCCUCAAUGCUCAUACUCCAUUGCACUUGGGGGCAAUAGAUGAGGAAUCAAAUAUUCAAGGUCAUUCCACCUCCCACCCACCUCUGGAACAAUCUGGACCCCGGCUCACCAUCCAGUGGCACCAUGACCGUGCACUUACCGACACACUGGUGAACUAUCUGACCACCCACCCUGCCAAUUGUCGAAUUCUAUUUUAUUCUGAUGGCAAGAAAGCCAUGGCUGCUGCAGAUGAUGGUCCCUCAGGCUCAGAUAAGGGGCAGAUAUACAGCAUUCUCACUAAGCUCAUCUUCACGGACCACAUCAAGUACGGCCCUGCAUACUCGGUCAAUCCAAAGAAAUUUUGUGAUGCGGUCUGCAAUCGUAUUGGGACUCUCAGGGGUAAAUACAACAAAAUCAAGGCAUCGUUUGGCAGUACGGGUGCUGGUGUCAUGCCAGUUGAGGGGACUUCAGCAAAAAAUCUGCUGGAUGCCGUUGUCUUAAUAACCGAGGGUCUUAUAUAA